AUAGGUCUUUGGACAAUAGAACUUCAUCAGCCAAGGGAAUGCCACAGUCUUCGGGGAAGAAAACAUGGCUACAUCUGGAGAGAACUUAAAGAUCUUAAAGAUGACUGCAAAGUAAAAAAGCCCAGAUGGUCCUAUGAUGACUCAACAAUGGAUGACAAGGAAAACACAAGAACACCUUUUUAAGACGAGGUCCACUUUUGAGAGCUUUGACUGGAAAUCGUAGUGCUUCAUUUGUGGCGAAAAGUGCAGCCGUCAUAGAGACAAUACAUCAAGAGUUUUUAGCAGAAGUUGGUCCCUAGGGCCAAACAAAAAAAUUGUGUGUUUCGGGAAACGGCUGAAAAAAAAUAUAGGAGGGGAUUAAAUUCAGAUGUUAAGUAUUCUGUGAAUAGACUGGUACAAGGCUUGUCAUCUGGAAGGAAGUUUGCUCGACAGGGGUUCUCUACUGCAUUAUGUCAGAUGUUAAGAGUUAUGGAAUGUAUCGACAGCCGCCUUAUUCUGUCAAUGAUCAAAGAAAAGUCUAAAUUAUCACAUGCUGGAAAACCCUCCAAAUCUGAGGUGAGCAACAUUCUGCUGGGUCAGGUGUGUGGCUUUCUAGCUCUCAUACAUUCUGGUCGCCUGUUUCUGGAUGGAGAUGAGGCUGUACAGGAAGUUGUGAAGCAGCUCCUACAGCUAGCCUCCAAGAGAACACAUUUACAGCAGAUUUGUAGGAGUGGAAUUGCACAGAUCAUAGCAAAGGUGAGCAGUGAUCAGUUUGUUGGCUCUGUGCUGCCCCACUUGGAGGCUGAGUUCCACCAGGGCUGGAAGGCCUGCGUGCCAGACACACUGUACCUGCUGCUCACAGCGAACAGACACCACCAUUCUAAAGUCAAGAAGCUGCUGAAGGACAGUUGGUCGGGUUCAUCAUUGAUCAGUGAGAAGAACUACCCCCAAGUGGCUAACAUAGUCUGGGCAAGCACCAGCUGUCACCCGACGAUUCAUAAUUGCAUAAAUGAAAUAUUGUUGACAGUGAAUGAGAAGUCAGAAGUGGCUACAUUUUGGAAAUGUGUAUGCAGGCCACUUCUGACAGGAGAUACCAAGGUUUCCAAAAAAAUAUUAGCACUGCACAUGUUUGAAAGCCUUCUUCCAUCUUUAAAAGAUGCAUCUGUGAUGGAGGAGAUCCUGGUUCCAGACAUUGUCACGGUUGUAGCCUCCCUAAGACCAAAGAGGACAGAUGAACUAUCAGUCAGAAUCAGACGCAUGAUGGCCUUGCUAGGGAGGUAUGUGGGUGAGAGUGGCAGUGCUGAUUUACAACUGGCCAGCCUGCGCAGCCUGAUGACCACCCCCGGCUCCUGUAUGCUAGACAGUCACACAGGAACCAGCCUUCUGGCAGACAUCAUUGCAAAGCUCCUACCAGAGGCUCAGAAGAAGGUGUUGGCAGAGUUGAUGAAGGCAUCCCAAAUAAAGCAGUCGUGGAUUGUGGCCAGUGAGGGCCGCAGACUGGGGGAGUGUCUUCAGUGGUGCGCCAGGGAGAUGGCUACGUUGGUCAUCAACCCCAACAUUGAUCAUGCAGACAUGCUAGCCUGUCUUCAACUGCUCUAUCUGCGCAGUUUCUUCACAGUCACAAUCCCAAACAAGAGCAUUCCAUUUUGUACAGUCCUAAAUGCCGAUGUCCAACCUAGCUACUAUAAGUGUGUUUUGGAUACAUUUAUGAAGUCUGUGUCAAAAUUACUGACAGUGAACAUAAAAGGUGUUUCACGACUGAGCCAGUUGAACGGUCACAUGGACCUGAUGUUCUCCCUGCUUCAGUAUGGCCAGCUCCUGCUCACGUCUCCUGGACACCUCAAGCUUACCAAUCCACCAGAUGGGCUACAGAUCGAGGAAGAAUGGGGACAGCUUGUGCAAGUGGUGUCAGAGAUAGACAUAAAGAGGAAAGGAGAGGAGAGGCUUUCUGGGAGCCACGCCUUUGAACUGCUAUACUUCCACACGGCCCUUCAGCUGCUGAUAGAACCAGACAUUGCCUUGGAAACAUUGCAGGAUCUUCAUGUGUGUUAUAAAAGGUCGUGUAAAAAAAGGAAGUUAUUGACUAAAGAAGACGGCCCCGCCUGGAUAGAGGUGGUCACAGAGCUGCUGCUGAGUCUGAUGUUCAAGGGAUCAGCCAUGUCCCGUAGUGUAGCUAACAUCGUCAUGGCAACCCUGGCAGAGCAUGUCACCCCACAGGCACUGCAGCUCAUAGUCGAGGCUCUGCAGCAGAGCAGCCUGACCAGUGAGGACGGGGUAGUGGGGGUGGAGGAGAGCAUGGACUCGGACAUGGAGGAUGACAUGGACACCAGUGAGCAGCAACUGGAGGAGGGGAGCAGCAGUGAAGAGGAGGAGGAGGAUGGCGAUGAUGAGGAGGAUUCUGGAGUAGAGGAGGAGAGUUUGAGUGUCCCAGAGGAGUUGAAGGCCAAUGUGAAGGCAGCUCUCGGAGAGGCAGCAGUCAUUGAGGGGGAGGACAACUCAGAACAGGAGGAUGUAGAAGUUUCAGACUCAGAGAUGAUGCAGCUGGACUCCAUGCUGGCCGCUGCCUUCCGCAGCAUGAAGAGGGGCAAACAGGUGGACAAGGACAAGCAGAGGCAGCUCCACACCUUCAAAAUCAGGGUGCUAGACUUGGUGGACAUGUUGAUCAAGCAUCACCCUACCCCCUCCCUGCUCACAAUGAUUGUGUUGCCCCUUGUGGACCGUGUGGUGGGAGGUAUUCGUAACCAGGAUGAGCAGACUCUUGCCAAUAGGGCACACAACACUCUCAUGCUUCUCUGCAAAGUCAAGAAGUUGGAGCCUGAGGAAGGCAGCAGUUCAGACAGGCUGCUGGAAGUGUUACAGCUCCUUAUACAGUUUGCUGCUAAAGUUUCAUUGCCGGACCUGGUAACGGAUGUGACCAAGUGCUGUAUCCUGGUGAUCAAGACCAUACUACAGCAGCCCAGUGUCUCACCUCUCAAGACUAGGGCAACUGCUGCCCAGAAUACUCCUAGUACUGUGAGAGGGAUUGAUCAGGUGGUUUCUAUGGUGAGAGAUGCAGUGUUUGCUCUGCUGAACAGCAAGAAGGCCCACUGCCCUGCUCCCCUGCUCCACACGCUGCUACAGAGGUUCACUAAGCUGUUUUGGCCUCUGACUAAAAACAUCCUGGCUACUCUCGAGUCACAGGACUGUAAAGUAUUCAUGAAGAGCCAGUGUGCCAACUUCCUUCUUCUCAUGAUCAACAAGCAGACGGUCAGUGAACUUGAAGCAGAAAGGUGGUCAGAGUUUGUUGCUAGUUGGAAAACAAGUGCAACAAAGGUACUGGCUGCUGUUAAUGAGGGCGACUUGAAGAAGUCUUUUGUUGAAGAGGUUCUGUCAGUCUGCAUCAGAGUCCAUCAACUUCAACCAGAUACAGAGGUGCUGGAUGAGGAUGUGUUGGAGAGACUACACUCACAGAGAUCUCACCUUAGUCAGACGUCCCGGGCACACCUGAACAAGCUCAUGCCUGACCUCACAGUUGAGGAGAGGAGGGUUAAAAAAGGAAAGAAAAAAGAAGCGAAAACAUGGGACUGAGUCUUCAGAGGCAUGUCCAUCUGAAGUGAAGAAAGCUAAGGCUAAUUUCACAGAGAUGAGCAGUGAGAUUAAUUCUGCUCAAGUCAAGGACGGUGAAGAAACUGUGAAUGUAGAGGAAGUGACUGUAUCAGACAAGAAGUCCAAGAAGCACAAAAAGAAGCACAAGAAGAACAUAGAUGAGUCCUCCACAACAGACAAGCCACUGCAGACUGACAGCACACAGCUGAAUGGUGAUGUUGGAGAUGGGCAGGGUCCCACUGCUGACAUGGUGGGGAGCAGUCACACACUAGUCCUCCUGCCAAAAAGAAAAAAAAGCACAAGAAAGAUUAAGGCAGCUUCGUGUAGUGACCUCACUCAUCUAACAUUUACUGUUUAUGAUGUACAUACAUUAAGUACGUUUAAUUAUACCCCCAGAAACAAAGUUUAGGGGGGUAUAUAGGAGUGAACUUGUCGGUCGGUCGGUCUGUAUGUCGGUCCGUAUUAAGUGUCCGCUCUCUAAUUCAAGUAGUUUUCAUCCGAUCUUCACCAAACUUAGUCAGAAGUCGUAUUUAGAUGAUCUUAAGGCCAUGUUCGAACAUGGGCCUUGAAUUGUCAAAAACUAGGUCACGGGGUCACUUAUUGCGUUUUAAACAUUCAGCAUGUUGUCCGCUCUCUAAUUCAAGUAGUUUUCAUUCGAUCUUCACCAAACUUGGUCAGAAGUUGUAUCUAGAUGAUCUUAAAGCCAAGUUCGAGCAUGGGCCUUGCCGGGUCAAAAACAAGGUCACUGGGUCACUUAGUGCGUUUUUUAACAUUCAGCAUGGUGUCCUCUCUCUUAUUCAAGUAGUUUUUCAUCCGAUCUUCACCAAACUUGGUCAGAAGUUUUAUCUAGAUGGUCUGAAGGCCAAGUUCUAACAUGGGCCAUGCCAGAUCAAAAACUAGGUCACAGGGUCACUUAGUACAUUUUACACAUUGAGCAUGGUGUCCGCUCUCUAUUUAAAGUAAAUUAAAUCCGAUCUUCAACACACUUGGUCAGAAGUUGUAACCAGAUGAUGUGUAGGUCAAGUUCGAACAUGGGCCAUGCCAGUCAAAAACUAGGUCACGGGGUCACUUAUUGCGUUUUUAAACAUUCAGCAUGUUGUCCGCUCUCUAAUUCAAGUAGUUUUCAUCCAAUCUUCACCAAACUUGGUCAGAAGUUGUAUCUAGAUGAUGUCUAGGUCAAGAUUGAAUAUGGGUCAUGCCGGGUCAAAAACUAGGUCACGGGGUAUCUUAGUGCGUUUUAAACCUCACCAUGUUGUCCGCUCUCUAAUUCAAGUAGUUUUCAUCCAAUUCUCACCAAACAUGGUCAAAAGUUUUAUCUAAAUGAUCUCUAGGACAAGUUUGAACAUGGUCCAUUCCGGGCCUAAAACUAGGUCACCGGGUCACUUAGUGCAUUUUUAGCUCAUCUAUUUUUUGAAAAAAAAUAUGAGCUAUUGUCAUCACCUUGGCGACGGCGUUGGAGUCCGGUUAAGUUUUGCGUUUAGGUCCACUUUUCUCAGAAAGUAUCAAUGCUAUUGCAUUCAAACUUGGUACACUUACUUACUAUCAUGAGGCGACUGGGCAGGCAAGUUAGAUAACUCUGGCGUGCAUUUUUACAGAAUUAUGUGCCCUUUUUAUACUUAGAAAAUUGAAAAUUUUGGUUAAGUUUUGUGUUUAGGUCCAUUUUAUUCCUAUAGUACAUGUACAUUGAUACAACGCUAACCUGGCUGCUAAAUUGCAAAAAAUUCAUUUCGUAAUGGUAAAUAUUCAUAAUAGCCGCCAUUCUUUUAUUCCAGAAAACUACACCCUAUAAUCUUACAGACUGAAUGGGCCGUUGGCGAAACAACCAAAAGUCAGUAUAGGCAGAUAUGAAUGGGGAAGCAUAAGUCAUUUACAAAAAAUAAAAUGUUUAAAUAAAGUAUGGGAACAUUUAUUUGUCUGUGUUUGUGCACUUCUACGGCCAUUUUCGGUCUGAUUAGGCAGCAUACGUUGGACUAGUAAAGGUAUUUGGUCUUAUUUGCAGGUAACCGUAGGUGUGAAAAGGGACUUCUUAAGUGUUUUCCAGUUUGGUCCAGGUUUUUGGCGCCUUCAUUGUUCAUCACAUUCACGCCUGUGUAGUGCGACAAACAAUAACCCAACUUGUUCAACAUAAUAGAUGAACAGUUAAACGUCGAUACUGACAUAUCUCAACAACUGUAGCCCUGUCUCCGCUUGGCCACAAAGUUUUUAUUCAGCAUUCAGAUUUAAAGCCCAUGCUUUCCCCGAGGAAGAAUGACACGAUAUACAUGAAAUCUUUUUUUCUCACGUUUUACACGAAAUUGCACAUGGACUGUUAACCUGUUGCUAGAAAAUUAACAAAAUUGUCAGAAAAGUAUAGUGCUAUGCACCCAUGCUCCUAAUCAUAAUGACACUUCCUAUUUUGAAUGCUUAAUUAAGCUUUCCAAUGACUCAAAUUAUUGGAUUGCACAAUAGUAAAAUGGCGACCAUUUUGGUCCUAUUUGGUGGUUUUAUUCUCUUUAAAUAUUUUUUUCUCCAUUUAUGCAUUAAUUAAACAGCCUGCGCGCUAUACAUGGCUGCGCGCUAUACAAAGGAAAAUUCGGUAUUUUUGUUUUUUAACCAUGUUUGAAAAAACAAGAUAUGUGUUUGUCAGAAACACAAUGCCCCCUAUUGCGCCGCUUUGAAAUUUUUUUUUUUUUUUUCUUUCACCUUUGACCUUGAAGGAUGACCUUGACCUUGAACUUCCACCACUCAAAAUGUGCAGCUUUACGAGAAUGCCGCUUUGAAAUAAAAAAAAUACAUUUGACCUUGAAGGAUGGCCUUGACCUUGAAGAAUGACCUUGACUUUCCACCACUCAAAAUGUGCAGCUUCAUGAGAACACUGCUAUGAAUUUUAUAUAUUUUUUUACCUUUGACCUUGAAGGAUGACCUUGACCUUGAAGGAUGACUUUGACCUUGAACCUUCCACCACUCAAAAUAUGCAGCUUCAUGAUAACGCCGCUUUGAAUUUUUAUAUAUUUUUUUUUUACCUUUGACCUUAAAGGAUGACCUUGACCUUGAAGGAUGACCUUGAACUUCAACCACUCAAAAUGUGCAGCUUCAUGAUUACGCCAAUUUGGUUUCAUUUUUUUUCCUUUGACCGUAAAGGAUGACCUUGACCUUGAACAAUGACCUUGACCUUCCACCACUCAAAAUGGGCAGCUUCAUGAGAACGCUGCUUUGAUUUUAUUUGACCUUGAUCUUGAAGGAUGACCUUGACCUUGAAGGAAGACCUUGACCUUGAACUUCCACCACUCAAAAUGUGCAGCUUCAUGAGAACGCCGCUUUGAGGUUUUAUUAUAUUUUUUGACCUUGAAGGAUGACCUUGACCUUCCACCACUCAAAAUGUGCAGCUCCAUGAGUUACACAUGCAUGCCAAAUAU